AUGCGCUGCGCAAGCAGCAGCAGCAGCAGCAGCAGCAGCAGCAGCAGCAGCAGCAGCGAGUCUGCUGCGCGGGACCUGCUGGCCCGCAGCGACGCCUACUUCGGCCAAGUCGGGCUGCUGCCGCUGCUGCUGCCCCUGCCAGUCCUUGGCAGCACGGGGGCCCUCAAGAGGGGCCUCUUAAGGGCCUCCAUUUCAUCAAGUGCAUUUAUAACAUCUUUUCUUUUGGGGGCCCUUUCCCCGCCCCGGGGGGCCCCCCCGCAGCCCCCGGGGGGCCCCCCGGCCGAGUCCGGGGGCCCCCAGCCCGCAGGGGGGCCCCCCCGGCCAGAAGGGGGGCCCCCAGCAGGCGAGGGGGGCCCCCAGGGGGAGGGGGGGGGCCCCCAGGGAGAGGGGGGCCCCUCUGUAGCAGGGGAAGCUGGGGGGCCCCCAGGGGCCAGGGGGGCCCCCUCGCAGGGGCCCCCGGGGGCCUCCGGGGGCCCCGGUUUGGGCGCUGGGAGUGUUGCUGCUGCUGCUGCUGCUGCUGCUGCUGCAGCAGAUGUGGGGUUUGAGGUGUACAGACACCAGGAAGUUGCUGCUGCGCUGCUGCCAGCGCUGGUGCUGCGGGAAAAGCUGCGGGUAGUGGCAAGAGAGUUGGGGGCCCUAAAGGGGGCCCCAAAAGACCCGGAAGAGGCUCUUGAAAGUACCCACUUUUGCGGGAAAGGGGGGCCCCCGGGGCCCCUCAGGGGGCCCCUCUUCUCCAGUGCCCAGCUGCUGCUGCCGCCACUCAAACGCGCGCUCGAGUGUAUAGACAGCAGCAGCAGCGAAGGGCUGCUGCUGCUGCUGUGCGAGCGCCGUGCUGCUGCUGCUGCUGCUGCUCCGUUUUGCUUCUCCUUCGACACUGCAGCAAAAGCGACUGCGCAGCAGCAGCAAGAGCGGCUGCUGCUGCAGCAGCAGCAGCAGCAGCAGCAGCCACCCAUCACUGACUUCAGCUUCGGAGUUGUUGCUGGGGGUUUAUUGUCAAUUAAUAAAUUGGGACAAAGAGAAAUUACUAAUUUGUUUUGCACAGAAACACUCCCCGAAGACGCCACCCACCAGCUCGUGCGGGUGUUUGUGAUGCGGCUGCUGGCUGUGGGGUUUCUGUGGCCCAGCGUGUACAGCUGUGGGGCCCCAGCAGCAGCAGCAGCAGCAGCAGCAGAUAUAAAAGUCCCUUUGUUGUCUUUGCUGCACUUCCCCCGCCCCGCAGUGGACUUCCUGUGUCUGCCCUGGGGGCUGCAGCUUUCGCGCCACGUUGCUGCGCUGCCCCGCAGCAGCAGCAGCAGCAGCAGCAGCAGCAGCAGCAAGAGCAGCAGCAGCAGCAGCGAGGCCAGCAGCGAGCGCUUUACCGACGAGGGGCCCCACACUGACCAAACCAAUGGCUGCAAUUGCCUCAAACGCAUGCAGCGAAAACUCAACCAGCAAUUCAACAAACUCAAAAAUGCCCAGCGAGGGGGCCCCUCGGGGGGCCCCCCAGGGGCCCCCCCCCGGGGGGGGCCCCCCGGGGGCCCCCCAGGGGGCCCCCCAGGGGGCCCCCCAGGGGGCCCCCCAGGGGGCCCCCCAGGGGGCCCCCCAGGGGGGCCCCCCGGGGGCCCCCAAUACCAGCGCAGUGCCGCUCAGGAGGGGCCCUUAGGGAGCAGCUUCUUAUGGGCACAACUAGGGGGCCCCUACGCGAGCCUGCAGGGCCCUGGGGCCCUCCUUUGGGGGCCCCCAGGGGGGCCCCCCACCACGGCGACCCCCGGUGGUGGGGGCCCCCCAGGGGGGCCCCCAGGGGCCCCCAAAGGGGGGCUGGGGGCCCCUGAGGACUGGGGAAACCCUGAAGAAGAGUGGAUUGAGUUUUGGGCAAUUAGCAAAAGGCGGUUUUAUUUUAUUUGGGGCCAAAGGAGUAAUCAAAUAGUGCCUGGGGCCCCUGCAAAGUCCCUUAUAGAAGCCUUUGACUCUCCGCUCAAAUUCCCCUUUGAUGGGCCUGAGGGCCCAGGGGGGCCCCCCUCUUCCGCGCCGAGGCCCCGCGGGGGGCCCCCCAAGCUAAAAAGGGUCAGGGGGGCCCCCCCCUCCAGCAGCAAUUUGGGGGCCCCGGGGGCCCCCCCCUCCAGCAGCAAUUUGGGGGGCCCCCCCAGCAGCAGCAAUUUGGGGGCCCCCCUUCAAGAGGAGACAGUUGAAGAGACCUCGAGGCCCCGAAAAAGCAGAACUUGCAAACGGGCGAAUCCAGGCUUGCCUGCUGCUGCUGCUGCUGCUGCUGCUGCUGCAGCAGCAGCGGAGCCUGCUGCAGCUGCUGCUGCUGCGGCGGAGCCCGCUUCCACUGCUGCUGCAGCAGAGCCUGCUGUUGCUGCUCCCGCUGCUUCUGCUGCUGCUGCUGCAGCACUAGAACCCCCCUGUGGAUUCGCCUCAGGAGGGGGGCCCCCCGGGGCGCCUCAGGGGGGCCCCCAGGGGGGUCCCCAGGGGGGCCCCCAGAGGGGCCCCCAGGGGGGCCCCCAGGGGGGCCCCCCGGCGGUGGCCUGGGGGCCCCCGUAG